CGUAAAUCCGUCUAUACUGGCUGUGCCAUUUCGCUAGACAAGAGCCCUCUGUCCCUUCUUUCUGCGGGGAACAAGACACCGGCUACCACCAGAGGCCCAAGACCCCAGAAGUCAGUCUUACAGACAAGCGGAACGAAAGGAGAGGGGCUGCCCAGACGCCCAACCUCCCGCCCAGUUUCCCUGACCCGGAAGUGAUUCUUCUCUUCUUCCCCCACCCCCCUUUCGGUUGAAGAAGCUGCGUCGGACGGCAGGUCUGGCCCGGCAUGCCCUGGGCUUCCGGUGACCUCUGGCCCUUUCCUGUCGUCCGCUCUGGCUGCUUAGCGUGCUCGCUCUCACACCGCUUCCCCUCGCUCCCUCCCUCCUGUGUCCCUUCGCACGCUGUCUGGUGACUGUGGCGCCCGCGACCGGCAGAAAGGCGGUGGCGGAAGACACUCGUCAUGGCCGCCUCUAAGCCUAUGGAGGCGGCGGUGGUCGCGGCGGCUGCGCCCGGCUCGGGUAGUGGGGUGGGCGGCGGCGGUGGCGGCGCGACGGCGGGCCCGGGCACUGGGGGCCUGCCGCGAUGGCAGCUGGCCCUGGCGGUCGGAGCACCCCUGCUGCUAGGUGCGGGUGCCAUGUAUUUAUGGAGCCGGCAGCGGCGGCGCCGGGAGGCCGGGGGUCGUGGCGACGCCAGUGGCCUGAAGCGCAACAGUGAGCGGAAGACCCCGGAGGGCAGGGCCAGUCCAGCACCGGGCAGCGGACACCCUGAAGGCCCCGGUGCUCACCUGGAAAUGAACUCUCUUGAUAGAGCCCAAGCAGCCAAGAACAAAGGCAACAAGUAUUUCAAAGCAGGAAAAUAUGAACAAGCUAUUCAGUGCUAUACUGAGGCUAUCAGUUUGUGUCCUACAGAGAAGAACGUUGACCUUUCCACGUUUUAUCAAAACAGAGCUGCUGCCUUUGAACAAUUGCAAAAAUGGAAAGAGGUGGCACAAGAUUGCACAAAGGCUGUUGAACUUAAUCCCAAAUAUGUGAAAGCUCUCUUUAGACGUGCAAAAGCCCACGAGAAGCUAGACAAUAAGAAGGAAUGUUUAGAAGAUGUCACUGCUGUAUGUAUAUUAGAAGGAUUCCAAAAUCAACAAAGCAUGCUGUUAGCCGAUAAAGUUCUUAAACUUCUUGGAAAGGAGAAAGCCAAAGAAAAAUACAAGAAUCGUGAACCUCUGAUGCCAUCUCCACAGUUUAUCAAAUCUUAUUUCAGUUCUUUCACGGAUGAUAUAAUUUCUCAGCCCAUGCUUAAAGGAGAAAAGUCUGAUGAAGAUAAAGAUAAGGAAGGGGAAGCUUUAGAAGUGAAAGAAAAUUCUGGAUAUUUAAAGGCCAAACAGUAUAUGGAAGAAGAAAACUAUGAUAAAAUCAUAAGUGAAUGCUCAAAAGAAAUAGAUGCUCAAGGCAAAUACAUGGCAGAAGCAUUAUUACUACGUGCCACUUUCUACCUACUUAUUGGCAAUGCCAAUGCAGCCAAGCCAGAUUUAGAUAAGGUCAUCAGUUUGAAAGAAGCUAAUGUGAAGCUUCGAGCAAAUGCACUCAUCAAAAGAGGCAGCAUGUACAUGCAGCAGCAGCAGCCUUUGCUGUCUACUCAGGAUUUUAACAUGGCUGCUGACAUUGAUCCUCAGAAUGCAGAUGUUUAUCACCACCGAGGACAGCUGAAAAUAUUGCUUGAUCAAGUUGAAGAAGCAGUGGCAGACUUUGACGAAUGUAUUAGAUUAAGACCUGAAUCUGCUCUGGCACAGGCUCAGAAAUGUUUUGCACUGUAUCGUCAGGCAUAUACAGGAAACAAUUCUUCACAAAUCCAAGCAGCUAUGAAAGGUUUUGAAGAAGUCAUAAAGAAAUUUCCAAGGUGUGCUGAGGGAUAUGCACUGUAUGCUCAGGCAUUAACAGAUCAACAGCAGUUUGGUAAAGCUGAUGAAAUGUAUGAUAAAUGUAUUGAUUUGGAACCAGAUAAUGCUACAACUUAUGUUCAUAAAGGUUUACUUCAACUUCAGUGGAAGCAAGAUCUGGAUAGAGGUUUGGAGCUUAUCAGCAAGGCAAUUGAGAUCGACAAUAAAUGUGAUUUUGCCUAUGAAACCAUGGGAACUAUUGAAGUACAAAGAGGAAACAUGGAGAAAGCCAUUGACAUGUUCAACAAGGCUAUUAACCUGGCCAAAUCGGAAAUGGAGAUGGCUCAUCUGUACUCACUCUGUGAUGCUGCCCAUGCCCAGACAGAAGUUGCAAAGAAAUACGGAUUAAAACCACCAACAUUAUAAAACAGGGGUGGAGUGGGGAGGAAAAUGACCCUCUUUUUAGAAGAAAUUAACCCCCCUCUUCAGCAGAACCCUAAAGACACUGUCAUGGACUGUGUUGAAUGGUGGAACUUAGUAUUUCGUUUGUGCUGUUGUCACUUGUUACAUCUGUUUCAUGUUUAGGUGUGUGGGAGUGGCUGUUGAAGGAAAUUUUAAGUAUGGCAGCUUUUAUUCUUUGGACAACAAAAGCAUAGAACCUUAAAGGGAUAUUAAAGUUGCAAUGAGUACAAAUGAAAGUCAGCCAUGCAAAUAAAAACUUUGAUUUGUUGAUCUGGCUUUUAUUAUUAUUUUUUUUUUUUGAUGGAAAUGGGUAAAUUAUAUUCUGGAUAAAUCUGUAUAUGUGUGGGGAUAUUUUACAGUAUGUUGUUUUUAAAUUAACAUAAUAAGUGCUGUAAAACAGGUGUCUUUUAGAUUCAGUUAAUCCCUUUUAGGGUGGUUUUUUUUUUUUUUUUUUUGAUAAAAACAAAGCUUAAAGGGGCAGAUUUUAAGGCAGAAAAAUUGAGGGCCCCUCUAAACCACUGUCAACAUGGAUAGUGCCUCUGAUUCUGUAGAAUGUUAGAAACUCAGUGGCAACUGUUUAAUCUUUUGAUCCCUUCAACUCUAAUGGAUAAUGUCCAUCAUUCUUAGUCUUAGUCAUCAUUCUUAGUCUACAACAGCUGGUUUUUCAUACAGUAAAUUAUGCAGAAGCAAGCAAAAUAUUAAAAUUGACCUAUGUGCUGGAAGAGUAUGAAUGGAAGAAUGAACUAGGCAAAGAGGUAAGAUGAAAUAGAUGUAUUUAUAAUUGCUGAUGGCUAUUUUCUUUAAUAAGUACUGCUAUCAAAUAGUGUACUUUUUAGAGAACAGGCAAGCUGAUUGUAUAUAUAAAUGUGGAGUGUGAUAUGUGGGUGUAUUGGCUUAAAAUUUCUAAUGAAAAAAAUGUGAGUAAAGGUUCAAAGGAUCUUAAUUGUUGGAGCCAGAAACAUAGUAUUUCCUGAAAUGACAAGUUUAGUGCUCCAACUACAGCUACAUGUAUUGCAGGAGCUUUGAGUCAGUAUUUUCAGACUGGGGAUAUGUGGAAUGCUUUUAUAAGUUUUGAAUUUAUCUGUUUCUAUGGCAUGGCCUGACUGCCCCAUCCAUGUCUUCACUAGCAAUAUUAACAACUGAUUUUUGUUUAGUUUUAUUCAUUUUAUCUUUACCUCACCUUCCUUAGAAAACAUUAGGGUUUUUUCCCCCCCAGUUGUCACUGUCUAGACCACUCUUAACACAUAUUUGUAAGUCAAAGUAUGAUAAAAGAGCAGUUAUAUUUCUGAAAUGAAUAAUUAGAGUUUACAUUGCUGGGAGUAAAGAAGCUUUUUACCCCUCUUUAAAAGGGUGCUUUAUCCUACUGAAACCAAAAAGAUUUUGACUACAAAUGCUAUCUUUUUAGAAACUGUUAGAAAUAACUAGCCCCUGCAAGGUCAUUCUAAAAAAUACUGAGAAAACUGCUAAUUAUUGGGGCAAUUAACAUAAUUUAAAAUGACUUAGAUAAUGGGAAGCUUGAGAGCUCUGCGUUUUAGUUUAUUUUGUGCACCUACUAUAAUAACCCCAAUACAAAAGUGUUCUGCAUCUCUGAAUAAUCUUUGACUUAACAAAAAGGUUUAUUUGCAUGGCUGUAUUUACAUGAACACUGAUAAUUUUCUUCUACUCUUCCUUCCCCUUGGAUUGGGUAGAAACACACAUAAGGGAAACUGAAGCAUGUGCCAUUCAAUAUCAUUCCAGAUCCUCGUGGACUAUUGCCUGUUCUGAAAAAUAUUUGAAACUGCACUGAGAGCUGCAUCUGUCUGUAUCUUUUCUUUUGUAAAUGACUUCACAUGUAAAUUCACCAAAUAAAUAUUACAUUCGA